UCCUGAGCAGCAACAGUUACGGCUUACGGAGUAAAGUUGUCCCUCGGCGUGAACGGUGACAUGCCCGUGUUCGUGGAGGAUCCAGCUCAGUUCUCUAAACAGAGGCUGAAGUUAGAGCUGGUAGCCCACAAUGUGCCCCUGCCCGCGGGAGAGAGCAAGAAACAGGUGUAUUUGGACCUCUAUCUGAAAUACAUAGCCAAGAACAAGGCCGCCGAUUUCUCCAGCGAUGAGGAAGACCAGGCGCAAGAGGACGCCGUUCAGGAGCCCAGUGUGUCGCAGGAAGAGGAGGAGCAGCAGAACGAAGAAUCGGACAAGAUGGAUGUUACGCAGCUGACGGAUGACGAGCUCAAGGCCGAGUUCCAAAAAUACGGAGUGAAAGUCGGACCCAUUGUAGCCUCUACUCGAGUUCUGUACGAGCGGAAGCUGCAGAGGUUACUGGACCCUGCCCCUCAGCCCAAACAGAAUGGCACCAGCAAUGCGGAUCAGUACUCUGACAGUGAGGAAGAGGACGAUGAGUCGGGGUGCGAGUGUGAACGCCCAGGACCAGAGCCGGCCGCGGUCACGGUCACAGAAUCGGACCAGAGCCAGCUCCGAGACAGCCGGCCCGUGAAAGACGUUCUGACGGAGAUGUUCCCUGAUGCGGAUCGCACGCCCACUGGCAUCAGUGCCACCCGCCGCAGGCCCAUUAAGGGGGCAGCAGGGCGCCCUGUGCAGUUUAAAUACCCCGACCUCCCCAUGAGCCCCAGGACAGUGGAGCAGCAGGAGCUGCAGCAGCGUCUGGUCCCGCUGUGGGUCCAGGUUGUGGUGUUCCUGGUAGUGGCAGUCCUCCUCUUCCUCAUUUAUGGGGCCAUGGAGGACAGCCUGGCCAAUCCCUUCUCUGCUUUGCUGGACAACCUGAGCCAGGAGGCGGAGCUUAUCGGAGAGUCGUCAUCCCUCCCGGAUUCGCUUGCUGCCCCAGACGCGCCCCCACUUCCUCUCACCAGCGAGGAGUAGCCCCUCCCUCUCGCUGACAGUGGCUGCCUCAGGGGGUGAAAGUUCUUUGUUUCAUGGUGUUGACCUUCAUGCCAGGGGUGGAGAGGGCACACUGCCUGCUUACCCGAAGGGCUUGUUAAGGGUUUUUAUAAAGCGCAGCAAUCAGCUGCACAGG